AUGGAGGCUGAUCUGUCUGACUUUAACAUUGAUGCCCCCCGUUGGGACCAGUGCACUUUCCUGGGGCGGGUGAAGCACUUCUUCAAUAUCACGGACCCCCGCACAGUCCUGGUACCAGAGCGGGAGCUGGACUGGGCCAAAGUGAUGGUGGAGCAGAGCAGGAUGGGGACUGUGCCCCCGGGCACCCAGGUGGAGCAGCUUUUCUAUGCUAAGAAGCUGUACGACUCGGCCUUCCACCCUGACACUGGGGACAAGAUGAACGUCAUUGGGCGGAUGUCCUUCCAGGUCCCUGGCGGCAUGAUCAUCACAGGCUUCAUGCUCCAGUUCUACAGGACGAUGCCAGCAGUGAUCUUCUGGCAGUGGGUGAACCAGUCCUUCAAUGCCUUAGUCAACUACACCAACAGGAAUGCGGCUUCCCCCACGUCGGUCAGGCAGAUGGCUGUUUCCUACAUCACAGCCACAACCACCGCAGUGGCCACUGCUGUGGGCAUGAACAUGUUGACAAAGAGAGCCCCGCCCCUGGUGGGCCGCUGGGUGCCCUUUGCCGCCGUGGCUGCAGCUAACUGUGUCAACAUCCCCAUGAUGCGCCAGCAGGAACUCAUCCAGGGAAUCUCUGUGAAGGACAGGAACCACAAUGAGAUCGGUCAUUCCCGGAGAGCUGCAGCCAUAGGCAUCACCCAAGUGGUUAUUUCUCGGAUCACCAUGGCAGCCCCUGGCAUGAUUCUGCUGCCGGUCCUCAUGGAAAGACUGGAGAAGCUGCGCGUCGUGCAGAGAGUCCGGGUUCUGCACGCCCCUUUGCAGGUUCUGCUGUCCGGGUGCUUUCUUAUCUUCAUGGUGCCGGUGGCGUGUGGGCUGUUCCCGCAGCAAUGUGAAUUGCCGGUUUCCUAUCUGGAACCUGAGCUCCAGGACACCAUCAAGGCCAAGUACAGAGAACCUGUGCCUUAUGUCUGCUUCAAUAAGGGCCUCUGA